AUGCGCCUUCACUUGCCAAACCUGCUUGUGACGGCCGCCCUUAUAUCGGCUGGUGCUGUGUGGGCGCAAGACAUUCCUACGGACGUGCCCGUAUCGGCGCUCCUGACCUCAGCGCAAGAGCAUCUCACAAAAGGCGAAACCAACGAAGCGCUAGCAUACUACGAUGCCGCCAUCGCUCGCGAUCCUACCAACUACCUGUCCUUCUUCAAACGGGCCACCACCUAUCUAUCGCUCGGUCGCGCAAACUUGGCAACUGAGGACUUCAACAAGGUGCUUGCCCUAAGACCAAACUUCCCGGGCGCGCACAUUCAGCUCGCCAAAAUCAAGGCCAAGGCUGCUGAAUGGGAUGGCGCAAAGGCCGAUUACGCGGCGGCGGGCGAGGCGUCUGAUUCCCCCGAUGUGCUGGCCCUAACGGCGGCGGAGGAAGCAAUGAAGCUUGCGUUGUCUGCCGAAAAGGAGGGGAACUGGGAGGAGUGUGUCAAUCAAGCGGGGGAUGCCAUCGUCGUCGCCUCGAGAUAUGCGCCGUUACGUGAAGCGCGGUCGCACUGUCGCUUCGAGCGCGGCGAGUUGGAGGAAGGCAUUGGCGAUCUCCGCCACGUACUACAGAUGCGACCUGGCGACAUCUCUCCCCAUGUCGUCAUCUCGGCUGUCUCGUUCUACAAUUUGGGGGAUCUUGACGCUGGUGUCGGGCAAAUCCGGAAGUGUCUUCAUUCCGAUCCAGACUCAAAAGUCUGCAAGAAGUUACACAAACAAGAGAAGGCCGUUACAAAGGCCUUCAACAAGGCUACUGGUCAGCUGAGCAAGGGACAAUAUACCACUGCAAGCAGAGCGCUGGUCGGAACGGAAGAGGAGCCUGGGCUUCUUGCAACUGUAGAGGGACAAGUCAAUGAGCUGCGCGAGGAAGGGAGAAUACCUGCCAAAGGGAAGGUCCUUUUAUACGAGCAACUGGUCGAGAUGGUUUGCCAGGCAUACGUUGAGGAGGAGUUUGAAGCAGCCAUUCAAGCAUUAGAAAGUGCAGCAAACGCGCAUCCGGAUAAGAGAGACAAGGUCAACCCAAUUCUUAACAAGGCACAGAUCGAACUAAAACGAAGCAAGACGAAAGACUACUACAAGGUUCUUGGUGUAGCCAACGAUGCUGAUGAAAGACAGAUCAAGUCUGCAUACCGCAAGGCAUCCAAGCAGUUCCAUCCAGAUAAAGCUCACAAGCAAGGCAUCACCAAAGAGGCAGCGGAGAAGAAGAUGCAAGCCAUCAAUGAAGCGUACGAGGUGUUGAGUGACCCUGAAUUGCGUGCCCGCUUUGACAGAGGUGACGACCCCAACUCCCAAGAGAGAGGGAGCCCAUUCCAAGGCUCGCCAUUUGGUGGCCAGCACUGGGCAUUCCAGCAGCCAGGCGGAGGUGGAGGACAGCAAUUCAAAUUUCACUUCAACAACGGGCCGUUUGGAUUUUAA